AAGCUAAAACCAGACAAGUGCCUCUUGGGGCCGCUUCCCCAACAAAUGAAAAAUAUGCCCUUGAAGCAGGAGCGAAACUGAACUAUCUAAGGAAAACAAUGUGAGCAAACACUGAGCUGAGGGGACCUUCUGAUUCGGAGCACUCCCCAACGACGACGACGACGCAGACCUUCCCAGCAGGAGGGCGGUGGCUUGCUCCUGGAGGCCUGGGAUCAGCGGCUGAAGCCAUGGCCACCACCACGUGCCAGGUGGUGGGGCUCCUCCUGUCCCUCCUGGGUCUGGCUGGCUGCAUAGCCGCCACCGGGAUGGACAUGUGGAGCACACAAGACUUGUACGACAACCCAGUCACCUCCGUGUUCCAGUAUGAAGGGCUCUGGAGGAGCUGCGUGCAACAGAGCUCGGGGUUCACCGAGUGCCGCCCGUAUUUCACCAUCCUGGGCCUUCCAGCCAUGCUGCAAGCAGUGCGGGCCCUCAUGAUCGUGGGCAUCGUUCUGGGGGUCUUCGGCAUCCUAGUGUCCAUCUUCGCCCUGAAGUGCAUUCGCAUUGGCAGCAUGGAUGACUCUGCCAAGGCCAGGAUGACGCUGACCUCUGGGAUCCUGUUCAUCAUCUCAGGGAUCUGUGCAAUUAUUGGUGUGUCCGUGUUUGCCAACAUGCUGGUUACCAACUUCUGGAUGUCCACAGCUAACAUGUACAGCGGCAUGGGCGGGAUGGUGCAGACUGUUCAGACGAGGUACACCUUCGGUGCAGCUCUGUUCGUGGGGUGGGUCGCUGGAGGCCUCACACUAAUUGGGGGCAUAAUGAUGUGCAUUGCUUGCCGUGGCCUGACACCGGAUAACAGCAACUUCAAAGCCGUGUCUUACCAUGCCUCUGGCCACAAUGUUGCCUAUAAGCCUGGAGGCUUCAAGGCCAGCACUGGCUUUGGGUCCAACACCAGGAACAAGAAGAUAUACGAUGGGGGUGCCCGCACAGAGGAUGAUGAACAAUCUCAUCCUACCAAGUAUGACUACGUGUAACGCUCUAAGACCCCACACACACGUGUGCAGAAGAAACCCUUCCCCAAGAAGAGCUCACCCCAACACAAGGAGCUUCUACCUUGUUCCCUUAAUUGCUUUUGACUGACAGU